AUGUUGAUCCGAGCCCGGCCAACUUCGGCUGAAGCCAACCUGGCCCGUGGCUCGAUUGACCGGCGCGCCGUGUGUUUUCAGGACGGUUUGGAACUGCGGAUUGCUUGCCGGGAUGCUCCCAAGGUGGGGUUGAAGCGGUUGAAGAGCGUGAUUCAAGAGCUUCCCAAGGACGAUUUCGUCUACGAAGAGCCGGUGGAGAAGCCGAUGAGGCAACGGCUGGCUCGCAAGCCCCGGGGAACCGGGUGGCAACGCGUCGGUGACAAGGAUGUCGUAGCAUACACCCGUGCCUGCCAAUCCUACGGCAAGCUGAAGCGAUGGCAAAUGGGUCUGGCUUUACUGGAAGAUCUCCAGAAAGUCAAUGCGGUGGAUGCAAUCUUUUGCACAGCUGUGCUGAGCGCCUGCCGCGGUGCUUCCGCCUGGAGAGCCGCUGUCGCGCUGCUGCGGCAGAUGGGGUGCAGCGGGAACGUGCCGGCGCCGAGGGUGCAGCACUACGGCGCGGUGGCCGCCUGCUUGGAGGCUGCCCAGAAGUGGGCCGAGGCGAUCCAGCUGUUGAAGGUCAUGGACCAGAGGCAUGUGCAGCCCAGCCUAAAAUUCUUCGGUGCCCUGCUGAGCGCCUGCCACCGCCGCGCGCGCUGGGAGCACGCCCUCCUCCUCCUCGACGAGAUGACGCUUCGGCGCGUCGAGCCCGACGUCGUGACCUUCAACGCGGCUCUGGCGGCCUGUGGCCGGGGCGGCCGCUGGAGACACAGCGUGCACCUGCUGCACCAGCUGCGCAAAAGCGAACUGGAGCCGACGGAGGUGACCCGAAGCUCGGUGAUGAGUGCGCUGGAACGAUCCCGUCAGUGGGAGCUUGCCAUUCGGUUCUUUGAGGAGAUGCUUGAUGAACAAUGCACUCCAGAUGUCAUCACCUGGAACUCAUUGCUCAGUGCGUGCGAGAGCGGGGGGCAAUGGAGCAGUGCUUUGCACUUCCUUAGUGAAGCGGAACGCGCGGUGAGCUGGGAGCCAGAGAAGUUGUCGGUCUUGAAGCCUGGCUACAACUCGUUGAUCAGUGCCUGCGCGAAAGCUGGCUUGUGGGAGAAGUGUUUCCACCUGCUUUGGCGUUCGUCCGACGGCCAACGUGGAGCCGACCUGGUGUGCUACAAUUCCAUUCUGCUGCACUUGGACUCGUCCAAAUGGAGAGCUAGCCUCCUCCUCCGCGAGGACGCGGCGUCGUUCGCCCGCGCGCCCGGCGUCCGUCCCAGGAUGAUCAGUGCUCAGGAUCUCACUUUGAGCCGGGCAGUGGCGACGAGUUUGCAGGAGGGGAGCUAUGGACACUUCACCGCCGAAGUGGCAGUAUCCAUGAAGUCUUUGAUGAAGAUGCUGCAGGGCGGCGCUCCAGCCGCUCUCCACGGAGAUGACUCGUUGGAGUUGGCCUUGGAGACCUUCCGCCUGCGGUCCCUGGCCGGCGAGGCGGAGGCGCCCGGUCUCGUGCGGGGGCUGCUGCGUGGACUGGAGGCUCCCGCGCUGCGGUGGCUGGCAUGCAACGAGGAGUUCUUUAGACACUGCAGUGCACCCAUGGCCUUUGACCCCGUCAAGGGUCAAUACUUGAAAGUCGACUCCGCCACCAACUCGUGCGCCCCACGCGAGCGCGGCCCGUGCGAAGCCGACGGUUCGUGGACGUGGCGGCCGACCCGCGCGGCCCGCGCGGCCGAGAAGCCCACCCGCGCCGGGUAUGUCAACUGUGACGUGCCACAUGACCCCAUCGAGUACCCACUGGUCGUCAACACUGGCGCGUCGCUGGUGGGACAGACGGACGAGGACUUGAAUGCGCCGGACCGACCUCGCAGCAUGCUCUUGAAGGAACUGGUGAAGACCGGGGCGGCCAUGAAGACGCCCUUGUUCUUCCUCGACCAGCCGGCAGCGUGCUUCGCGCUCUUUGACGGCGUCAGAGGUGGAGCCGCGGUGGAGUGGUGCUCGAAGCAUUUCCACACCAAGCUUCUGCCGCAACUCAGUGCCUCCAUUACAAGCUGGCACGACCCUGAUUUGAGGGACCUCUUCCAGUCCAUCCUCGCAGAGCUAGAUGUGAGCCUACAGAGGGAGAGAAGGGAGCGGAGCGGUGGGAGCGUCGUCUUGGGAAUGGAAGACUUGGACCGACAGCAGCGCGGACGCGGGUGGCGAGCGUCGGUGGCACGCAUGCCUUGGUCUCGGAACCAGGGCAUACUCGGAAGCCAUGCGACGAUCAAGGUGAUCAGCCCCAACGGCACUUGGCGAGCACUGGAUGGCCGACACACGCCCAGCUCGCUGGAAGAACAGAAGCGAAUACAGGCCUUAGGCGCCCAGGUGGUCGGGGAGUCCUCAGGGCCUGGCGUGGUGCGGGCGCCGUUUGUGAAGAAGGCUGAAAAAGCCCGGGAGUGGCAGAUCCAAGAGGAUGCCACCGUCGAGGAGGAGGUGCGAAGAGUCCUGGAGGCCACUCCGGACUCCUUCGCCACUUUGGGGCUUGGCCCUGAGGACACCGUUGAUGGCAAAAGCGCGCGGUCCAGCUACAAGAAGCUGGCACUGAAGGUCCAUCCAGAUAAGGCGCCCGAGGAGUUGAAGGCUCGGGCCAAAGAGGCCUUUGAGAAGGUGGAGAAGGCUGCAGCCACCGUGGAGGCCUUCAGCGAGACGGACCUCGAGGCCACGCAGUGCUUGCAGCGCGUGCUCCACGCCGCUGGCGCGCGGCACGCCUCGAUGUCGCGAGCCACGGCGCUGAAGGUCCUGGGCGUGGCGGAGGAGUCGACCACCGAGGAGGCCGAGCUCGGCCGAAAGCGCAUCGCCGAAGACCUCCGAAGGAGCCAGGUGAAUACGUCAUUUCAGUAUGGACCCUUAUGCUUCAACUGUCGGCCUUUGACCAAUGCGCAGAAUGAGACGGAUCCGGUGACCGAGCGAGCGGACCUGCAGCUUCUCUUGACGCUUCACCGCCAAGUCGAGCCAGUGGUUGCAGAGAUUGCUGAGAUCCACUUCAACUUCACGGGUGGGAGGCACUAUGAGGUUAUCGAGGUGAUCUCCGUCUUCCAGGUGGACCGGAUCUGCCGCAGCGUCUUGCGGGUCGUGGAGGCGAUGCGGCAGACCGUGGGCUUCUUGGUGUGCCCCAUUUAUUUCGAGGAUCCUUCGCCAGAGGCAGGCGUUGGUGCAGCCCUGGAGGAAAGGCUUUUGCCCUCCAAAUGGUUGCGGCACUAUUUCUCGGACGUGAGGCAAUUGGCCCGCACGGGCUCAACCGAAGUCUUCACUGAGCAGAUGAUGAAAGAGAUAUCCAGUGCUUGGGAGCCUUCAGAGAAGGAGCUUUUGGCUUUGGUGUUGCGCUUGGAGACCUGGGCGGCUGAUGCACGAUCUCACGGUGGCUUUGUCAUGGAGCAGGAGGCUUUCUCUUCAAUCGAAGUCUUGGUGCAAAGGUUUCUGGCCAUGACCGUGGACUUUGCGCGGUCCUUGUCCGAGGACAUGAGCAGCAUGUUCCGUGCGCCCAACUACGUCGUGCGUGAGAUGACCCCGGCGGGGCAGAGUGAUACGGCGGAGCACGCGCGGCAAGAAUAUGCGACGUCCGUGGACGUUUUCAAGCAUCAAGACGACCGGCUGACCUUGAAGCCAGAGUUUCUGUCCAUGCUGCGCGACAUGCCCUCGCCCAUCUACCAAGCUUCAUUGCAUGGCAAGUUCCAGGUGUGCGACACCUUGCCAGUGACAUCAGCAGUGCCCAAAGGCGUGCCUUUGGAGUUCCUGGAUGAAGCUGGCGGCUGGUCUCAUCGCGAUGUGACUGGGGCUCAUCGGCGAGUGCCGUCGCCCCUACAGCUGCUGCAAGCAGUGGCAAGCCGAGGCACACGGCUUUCCAACUUGUUCAUCUCGGUGCAGGUCUCUCCCUACUUGUUGACGCCGGCCUCAAAGUGUGGCUCCAAGCAGGUGAUCUAUGAUCCCAGUCACUGCCUGGUGGAGCGCCAGUGGGCUGGCUACUUCUUUCACUUGAAUCCACUGCCUCCCUUCAAUGUUUCGGUCGUGUAUUCCGGACGUCCUUUGGGUCCCCAUGGCGACCUAGCCAGCUUCGAGGUGCAUCACGUGCAUGUGCCCAGCAUGGAUACGCAGUGGAGCAGUUUGGUGUCGCUCUUCAAAUCCAUGAACCAUCAUAGUCCUGACACGCUGUUCAUCAGCCCCUUUGUGGGGAACUGCCAGAUCAUUGAUCGCCUGAUGGGCACGGGCACCAUCAAGCCGAAGAUCGUCUACAUGCCAUUCAACCCACUGAUUGAACCAAGUUACAACGAGAAGCCAGACUUCUUCGCGUGGUGGAAUGAACACCGACCUGCUCAAAAUACAGCUUUUUCAACUCUUCUGGUGACCAGGGGUGACCAUGAACUGUUCAGAUGGUGUGUGAUCAUUGCUCUCAUUACUUCUGGUGUGUGUGACCAUGAAAGCAGAAUCCAAAAGGUUAACUUGUUUCAUAGGGUCCGACUCUCUACCAUUGGGGUGUUUUUUUUUUUCUCUCUCGCCCCUGGUUACGAACAGUUUUCUGGACUUCCAUGCUAG